GUCAAAUCACAAAGUUCCCAUCAUGCCAUAAAUUUAUAAAACUAUCCACGUGGUUCUCGUCUCUGCCAUAUUACCAGACAGAGAACGUCAACCGAAAUCAUUCAAAACUCAGCGGACUCAUCUCAACGCCAUGGCCUGUUCAGAACUUGGUAAACUUUUUUUUGUUGUUGUUGAUAUUUUACCUAGCAUUAGCUAACGUAGCUAGAGACUGAGGAGUCUAGGUUGAAGAAUAAGCUUGCGUGUGGGUGUUGCUUGGUCCAGGUCCAAUUCAAGUGUUGCUUGUGUCGUGCUAGGUAUGCUAGCUACAACUAGCAUGCCACCAAAAACAUGCUUCCAUUUUAGUUAGCAACCGGUGGCUACAAAGUAACAAACUAUCGAUGACUACUCUCCAUGGAGUCAGAAUGUGUACCGAGAUUGAAAAACAGGCUACAUUUCACAGCAGUGGUGCCAUUCAAUCAAUGCCAACAACUUUGUCACCUUUUUCCUUUUAAUUCUAUCCAUGCAGCACUGUUGAGUGUGUCCGACAAGUCUGGACUUCUGGACUUUGCCAAAAGGCUGGUGAACGUGGGACUGUCACUGGUCGCAUCAGGUGGCACCGCCAAAACCUUGCGCGAGGCUGGACUGGCUGUUCGGUAGGUGUACCCAGUCUACAUAAGUUUCCAAUGCCUCAUCUAUCUGUGAUGAUUGUGUUCAGCCACCAACAUUCUCUUGAGAUAAUGCUAAACUGAAUCAAUGUUAUGCUGACAACAAUGUAUUCCUUCAAGUCACCUUACUAUUUGCCACUUCAGAGAGAGCAGGCCUAUCUGGUAUCCUGCCAUCAUUGACCACCUUUCAUAUGAGAUGCAUUCCCAGCCUCUUCAUGCAAUUGAGAAUGAAAAAAAAAAAAAGAAUGUGUGCCUCUGAAACGUCAUCACCCAACAUCCAUCUCCCGUUUUGUUCCAGGGAUGUGUCUGAGCUGACUGGCCAUCCAGAGAUGCUGGGCGGGAGGGUGAAGACCCUGCACCCUGCUGUACACGGGGGCAUCCUGGCCCGACACACCCCUUCGGACAAGGCUGACAUGGAGAAACUGGGCUAUGGUCUGGUCAGGUAAGAGACAGGGAAGUGGGUUGAAUUUGGCUCUAGACACUGACCUGUGAUCAGAUCUGUUUUUCUCAAUAGUUAAGGGUAGGACUUGUCCUUCUCAGUCCACUUUUCUAUACUUUUGUUCCAGAGCCACUACUGUUUUACUGCACUUUUUAGGGGUCUUUGAAAAACGGCCUUUUCGUGAACAAGCCGACCUGAAACACAAUGCAUGUGAUCGGGCACAAGACUAUUAGAUUUGGCCCUAAUGCAGGACAGUAAGGUUGUGUUGUGGAGUGGGGAGACUUAGGGAAGCAUGCUUUGCUAAUCUAAUAACCGGCUAAUUCAAAUGCUGCUGCAUCUGCACACAUCUGAUCGCGUGACACAUUUAGUUUUUUGGGCCCCGGGAAUCUGGUUGGCUGUUUAAGCUGCCAAUUCCACAUUCAUGGAAUGUGAUUGGCUUUGAGGAGAAAGCGUGCAACGCAUACAGCCUCUGAAAUAAACCAUGAAUUCUCUCCUUUUAGAAUUUGGAGCCUAUUGGUGUGUAUGUGUCACAAUUGGGGUUCAAAGGCUGCAAAAUGUGACCUGCUUAAUUGACACAUUCACGUUCCUAUUUACAAAAAGCAAAAUCUCACUUUAAAAAAAAGAUUGAUUCCCAAUAAGGCAUCUAGGGCACAAACAAUGUGGGGGAUUAAACAGCCAUGAUACUCAUUACUUCAAAUUGGUUAGAUAGUUAGAAAAAACGUAGUGAAAUGCAUGGCAUUUCUUGACUUGUAUUGCUUUCCUCUGCCGGUCUUUGUCCAGGGUGGUGGUGUGUAACCUUUACCCGUUUGUGAAGACCAUCUCUACCCCUAAUGUGACCGUGGAAGACGCAGUGGAACAGAUUGAUAUUGGUGAGUGGAAUGUUAAAGCUGCAAUAUGUCACUUUUUGGGCGACCUAACCAAAUUCACAUAGAAUUGUGAGUUAUAGAUAUGUCAGUUAUUCUCAUUGAAAGCAAGUUUAAGAAGCGGUAGAUCUGUUCUAUGUGCACUAUUUCUAUGCUUCCCAUUAAGUUUAGUUUUGCGGCUUUUACUUUCGGUUUUGUACACUAGCUUCAAACAGCUGAAAAUACAAUAUUUUGGGUUAUGUAAAAUAUCAUUCACAACAGUUUAGAUGGUACAAUGAUUCUCUAUGAUAUAGUUGCUUGUUUUGGCACACAAACUGAAAUUAGGCGAACUAUUAGCAUUUUAGCAACCAGGAAAUGGCGGCGCAAUUUCUGCAUAUUGUACCUUUAAGGCCAGCUCUACAUUUUACAUUCUGAAGUCUACAUUCUACAACAUGAGAUGUCCCAGGUUGUCAUGGCGAUGACCCUGUUUGACCCUGGCUGUGUCCUCAGGUGGGGUGACCCUGCUCCGAGCUGCAGCCAAGAACCACGCCCGCGUAACCAUCGUGUGCGACCCUGCAGACUACCAGUUGGUCGCCGUGGAGAUGGAAGGUUCCAAGGGCAAAGACACCUCCCUGGACACCCGCAAGAACCUGGCCCUGAAGGUAACUAUGUCAACUUGAAAGCACGGGUUGAAAGUGGACAUUUUUACUUGGUUCUUUGACUCGUGUAUGUCAACCUACUUUCUGGACAAGUUUUUGCCAUGUGCUCUCCUUCUGCCUCCCUGUUCAGACAGGUCUGCAAACCUCAACUGUUGACAGAGGAUGUAAAGUGAUAGAGAAAUAACAUGCUUUCAGCUAUCAGGAACCAAACUGUAGACAACUGGGGAGGGCCUCAUAAGUCGAUCUUUGACAGGUUAUUGACCCUCUGUCAAAAGGAUCAAUUUGUACAAUCACAGAUACCAUGGCUUAAAUGAAGUCGGUAGUAGUCAACAAUCACAAUUGGGACACCGUAAAGAAUUCAGGUCGUUGAUUGUGUUUUUGUUUAAUUUGGGUCAAUGCGAGGUAAAGUUCAGAGUCCACUACCUCCCAUGCUGCCCUCGCUUGUCCUUGGGGCCCUGUUCUUCAGGUCAGCCCACAGUAUUCUAUUGAUCCAGUAUUCCUGCACAUUGUAAAUAUGGUACUGGAACUGACUCUGUAUGUGUAUAUAGUAUGCUUACGUUAUCGUGUUAUUUUUAUAUAUUGUGUGUUUUUGGUCUACCUUAUUUUUAGUAUUAUAUUGAUUACUGCAUUCUUGGGGUUAGCUUGUAAGAAAGGCAUUUCACUGUACAUGUGACAGUGAGACUUGAAACGACAUGGAGUAAAAUGGACACAUGAUGUCCCUUGUGAAGGCCUUACAAAUCUUACAUUGAUAGUUUGUACUAAAGCUGCCUCCAGAUAAAACUGUAGAAGCCCAUGUUGGCUUUGAUCAUGGAGUAGGAUACAACACUGUCUGGUUAAACUGUUUACAUUGGGCUGUGUUCAUUAGGGCACACCGUAGCAAAACAUUUUGCAAUGGUAAACCAAAAAUGAGCAUUUCCUAAUGGACAUCCAGGUUUUCCCUUCCUGUUUCAGUCACUUUUCUUCCAUGUGCUAUCUACAGUUGGCCUUGUUCUGUCUCUCUCUCAGGCCUUUACUCACACAGCCCAGUACGAUGAGGCCAUCUCUGACUACUUCCGGGGCCAGUACAGCCGUGGCGUAUCCCAGCUGCCCCUGCGCUACGGCAUGAACCCCCACCAAGCCCCCGCCCAGCUCUACACCCUGCGCCCCACCCUCCCCCUCACAGGUAGGCUAAAACCUCACAGUAUGUACACCCCCCUCCCACCCUCCCCCCUCACAGGUAGGCUACCCCCCCACCCCCCCCACAGGUAGGCUACCCCCUCCCCCCUCACAGGUAGGCUACACACCCCCCCUCACAGGUAGGCUACCCCCCCUCCCCCUCACAGGUAGGCUACAACCCUCACAGGUAUGUUACACCCCCUCCCACCCUCCCCCCUCACAGGUAGCCAACAGUCUCAGAAAUUACAACGGGCAUAUACUGACCCUCCCUUCUCUUCCCUCCAUUACCUCUGUCAGUGGUAAACGGUUCUCCUGGGUUCAUUAACCUGUGUGAUGCCCUGAACGCCUGGCAGCUGGUCCGAGAGCUGAAGAGUGCCCUGGGCAUGCCCGCUGCCACCUCCUUCAAACACGUCAGCCCUGCAGGUCAGACACACACAGUGCUUCCAAUACAUAUGCCUACAGGAUGGUACAAGGAAUCCCAGUAACGUUGACCCAGACGGUGUCCUCUCCCUCCCUAGGGGCUGCGGUGGGUGUUCCUCUGAGUGAGGAGGAGGCCAAGGUGUGCAUGGUGAAUGACCUGCUGAAGGACCUGACCCCACUGGCCACAGCAUACGCCCGGGCUAGAGGGUCAGACAGGAUGUCCUCCUUCGGAGACUUCAUCGCUGUGUCUGACGUGUGUGACGUCCCCACCGCUAAGAUCAUAUCCAGAGAGGUAGGACUUCCGUUGUGUGUGUGUGUGUGUACGUCCUGUGUGUUUGCUGCAUUUCCAACCCCUGGCUAUCAUUCUCAGGUCUCUGAUGGCAUCAUCGCCCCUGGUUACGAAGAGGAGGCCCUCAGGAUUCUGUCCAAGAAGAAGAAUGGCAACUACUGUGUUCUCCAGGUAUGAUUGAAAAUGGAAAAGCACAGUUAGAGAUCAUCCUAUGUUGCAGUGUAUCCUGGAGAAUAAAAAAAAAAGUUGAAUUCGAUUGCAUCUUAUCACCAGUUGGGGGUGCUAAAUGUCUACAUCUGUGUGUCAGAUGGACCCAGCCUAUGAGCCAGACGAGCCAGAGGUCAGGGUUCUCUUUGGCCUCUACCUCAAACAGAAGAGGAAUGGAGCUGUCAUCGACAAGGAGCUCUUCAGCAACAUCGUCUCCAAGGGCGCGGUGAGUGUCUUUGUGGUUUGUGCGUGUCUUGAUAGUGUGUGUGAGAUGCUCACUGAUGACACGUUAGAUUCUGACCUUUUGUCCUCGUCUGUCUCCUGUCUCAGCUGUCGGAGGAGGCGGUGCGUGACCUGAUCGUGGCCAGCAUCGCAGUGAAGUACACCCAGUCCAACUCUGUCUGCUACGCCAAGGAUGGACAGGUAACCAACCUGGAGAGGGAGGGGACAUGGGAGGUCAUUGUUGAAAUAGUGUUUAGUUUCCACAAUUUUGUUGUCCGCUAUACCCUUGUUUACCUUUUUCAGAAGUCUUUUUUUUAUUUAUUUUUUUAUUCAAGAGGAUGUACUGUAAUGGCUUUUCUGGGUUAAAAUCCGUCUCUCCGUGUGUACCAGGUGAUAGGGAUCGGUGCGGGUCAGCAGUCUCGUAUCCACUGCACACGGCUGGCAGGGGACAAGGCUGAUAACUGGUGGCUGAGGCACCACCCGCGGGUGUUGGGCAUGAGGUUCAGGUGUGGGGUGAAGCGGGCGGAGAUGGCCAAUGCCAUCGAUCAGUACGUCAGCGGCACCAUCGGAGAGGUGAGGGGUCAGCGGUCAAUACAGGGACACGCACUCUACAGGAUGUGAAAUGCCUGUCAUUGUCGACGUACAGUUCCGCUGUAUGUUGAUUUGUGUAGGUUCCUACUGUAGGUGUCUGUCCAUUCUAUAUCUGAUUCCAGAUUGAAGUGUCUCUGUCUCCAUCUCGUUCUCUAACUGUGUUCAGGGUCCGGACCUGGCAGUAUGGAAGGCCAUGUACGAGGAGGUCCCAGAGCCCCUGGGUGAGGAUGAGAAGAGGAACUGGCUGAGCUCUCUGCAAGCUGUAGCGCUCAGCUCUGAUGCCUUCUUCCCCUUCAGAGACAACGUGGACCGCGCCAAACGGGUAAACACACACACUGUGGCAAAUUAUUACUUUUCACUAGUCUAAGAUGGCAGACUUUCCAUUUUGAGCUUUUGGUUCUUUAGUUGUUCUCUAGCCUUCUAGUGCCUUCCAAGGUCUUUUCUGUUUGAAGUCCACAUGGACUGAUUAUUCUGUGUGUGUUGUCUGUGUCUGUCUGUGUCUGUGUAGAGUGGUGUGGAGUACAUUGCUGCCCCGGCCGGGUCCACAGCUGACGAGGUGGUGAUCAAUGCCUGUAAUGAGCAGGGCAUCACCCUGGUGCACACCAACCUGAGACUCUUCCACCACUGAAUACCUAGUGUAGCUCUCAUACAACCCAACCCCACACAUUUGACACAGACCAUUAUAGCCCAAUGACCCUGAGCAACUUAGAAGUAGCCAUGUGUGCCGACGUGUUGGAGUUCGAUUAAUUGCUCUAGAAUAGUGAUCAGUAAAGGUACUAAGAUGCAUGUCGUUGUUUUUUUACAUUUACACUGAUUCAUUCCUGUCCUACGGUUAUCUUGCACAAACAGCAUUCGUAAUGCUGAGGAUCAUUCAGAUUCUGUUACAUUCCAAUCUUGCUUUCGUAGUUGUAUCUACGUUACUGUCUGGAAGGUCGAGUUUCACCAUGAAAUAAACUGUUUCUUGAGAAA